GCAGACGGAGCGUCGCCAGCGCCACUUCUACUGGCGCAUGAUGUUCGAGAGCGCCGACAUCAGCAUGCUGCGCCUGCUGGAGACCUUCCUGAAGAGCGCGCCGCAGCUCGUGCUGCAGCUCAGCAUCAUGGUGCAGCAGAACAGCGUGGAGCCGCUGCAGGGGCUCUCGGCCUCGGCCUCGCUGCUCUCCCUCGCCUGGAUGAUCGCCUCCUACCAGAAGGUGCUGCGGGACUCGCGGGAGGACAAGAUGCCCAUGUCCUACAAGGGCGCCGUGGUGCAGAUCCUGUGGCACCUCUUCACCAUCGCCGCCCGUGCCAUCGCCUUCGCCCUCUUCGCCUCCGUGUUCCAGCUCUACUUCGGCAUCUUCAUCGUCACCCACUGGUGCAUCAUGACCUUCUGGAUCAUCCAGGGCGAGACGGACUUCUGCAUGUCCAAGUGGGAGGAGAUCAUCUACAACAUGGUGGUGGGCAUCAUCUACAUCUUCUGCUGGUUCAACGUCAAGGAGGGACGGAGCCGCUACCGCAUGGGCAUCUACUACGUGAUCACGCUGUCGGAGAACGCUGCCCUCACCGUCCUCUGGUUCCUCUACUAUGACCGCAAGACCACGUCCGACUUUGACGCCUUAAUCCUCGUCUGCGUGGUCAGCUCCAGCUUCGCCCUCGGCAUCUUCUUCAUGUUCAUCUACUACUGCCUCUUGCACCCCAACGGCCCCAUGUUCGGGCACCUGCCCAGGAAGAAGUACCCGGCCUGGGACGCCCACUUCAUCGACCGGCGCCUGCGCAAGACCAUCCUGGCGCUGGGGCACGCGGCGCCCAGCACGCCGCGCCUGCAGUACCGCACGCCCGGCGCCCCGCAGGAGCUGCUGGAGUACGAGACCACCGUGUAG